CCCACGAUUGACCGCAGCUCCUCUCUCUUUCUCUCUCAUCUUUAGACGGUAUAAGUUUCUCUCUCUUCUGUACUCGCUCUUUUUUUUUUUUGCACGAAGACGAUCCCCGUCUUUUUUUGCAUGAAGACGAUCCCUGUCUUGUAUAAACAGAGCAGGCCUCACGUUAACCGCUUCUCUCUUAUACAAAGAUUGAAGAGAUGUUGCGCGUUGCUGCUAGAAGAAUUUCUUCAUUGCCAUGGGGGGUUCAGCCUGCCAUGGCCUCUAUGCUUUCGAGGAGUCCUGCUUCAAUAAUAAGACCUGAUUCCGAAGCACACUCCUCAAAAAUGGCAUCUAUUCCGCCUAGAUGGGCUCAUUUUGACAUGAUCAGAGGUUUUGCCUCGGAGACACUCGCACCCCGGCAGGACCUCAGCCUCCCUGACCUCCCUGCCACUGUUGCUGCCAUCAAGAACCCGACGUCGAAGAUCACUUAUAAUGAGCAUAACCACGAACGCUUCCCACCAGGCGAUCCUAGCAAACGGGCAUUUGCCUACUUCGUCCUCGCUGGUGGUCGCUUCAUUUAUGCCUCUUUCAUUCGCCUCUUGGUCCUCAAAUUCAUCCUAAGCAUGUCCGCAAGUAAGGAUGUUCUUGCCCUCGCCUCUCUUGAGGUUGACCUCUCAGGCAUCGAGCCGGGAUCCACUGUUACAGUCAAGUGGAGGGGCAAGCCUGUUUUUAUUCGCCGUAGAACUGAAGAGGACAUCAAGUUAGCGACGAGCGUUGAUUUGGGACAAUUGAGAGAUCCACAACCGGAUGAAGAGAGGGUCAAGAACCCUGAAUGGCUUGUGGUGGUCGGUGUGUGCACCCACUUAGGGUGCAUCCCUUUGCCUAAUGCUGGUGAUUACGGGGGUUGGUUUUGCCCUUGCCAUGGGUCCCAUUAUGAUAUUUCUGGAAGGAUUCGGAAGGGCCCGGCACCUUAUAAUCUCGAGGUCCCGACCUAUAACUUCUUGGAUGAGAACAAGUUGCUUAUUGGGUAGGAGAGAUGCUGUGCUUGACUAGUGUCGAUGUUGAUGAUAUGGAUUUUUUUUUUGGCCGGCUUUUGCUGAACUAAAUAAUUGAGUUGCAUGGCCAUAUAGCCUUUUGAGGUGUGUGAAAAUGCCUUUUUUUGAUGGAUUACUAUGCCAUGUAACAACUUGCUGUACCUAUUUUUUUUCCUCAUUUGUCUUCUCUAUUUUUUUUUUCUUAGGUGUUUCAACUGUGCGUAUUUAAAGGCUUAGAGCAUUGCAGUCUUAUGCGACUUUUAAUUUUGAAUAAAAUGGUGGGUUUCUUAAUGGUGUGA